AUGCAGAAAACCACAUACAGCAACAUUCACCGCGACUUCUUAAACGAGUUUGAAGACGAGCAGGGAGAUGUCAGUGGGUUUGCAUACACUCGUCAAGCUGCGGCACACGAACUGGAGGGCAGCAAACAGCAAAAGAUAUUUGACUGCGCACUGCAGUCCUUCGGCAACAAAUCACAGCUGCCUCGGAAAUCAAAACAGCAAAACCCCAAGUUUGCCAUCACCAAAAAGAUUUUCCCAUGGAUGAAAGAGUCCAGACAAAAUCAGAAACACGGCAAGGGAAUCACAGAAAGCCCUGUCGAGGAGUGUCCAAGCGCGACCCCUGCUUCCAAGAGGACGCGCACCGCGUACACGAGCGCGCAACUGGUGGAGCUGGAGAAGGAGUUUCACUUCAGCCGCUACCUGUGCAGACCGAGGCGGGUGGAAAUGGCCAGCCUGCUCAACCUGCACGAAAGGCAGAUCAAGAUAUGGUUUCAAAACAGGAGGAUGAAGCAGAAGAAGGACGAGAAGCUGAUCACCUCCUCCUCCUCCGCCCCGGGCAGCCCCACUCUCUCUAGCCUGGGUUAUGUCCAUCUGGGCGGGGAUUACCAGUCAGCCUCUCCUCCGCUGAAGGCCCAGCAACAACACCAAUCACAGUCAGUCUACACGCACUCGCCAGAAUACUCCAAAUACUCCUCUGCAGAUUCUCAUCCUCCGCAGAGCCACUUCACGAGCGGCCCGCAGUUUAACGCGCAUUACAACUCCAUGCUCAGCAGCUCCCACACACCAAACCCAAAUCAGGAAGCAAGUGAUCUAAACGGGUCGUAUUUCCCAGAGAGCUGCAGUUCUCAGGAAAGAAUCAUGCAAGCUCCGAAGCUUACUCAUUUGUAG